UCAGUUUACUUUCAGAGCUCGACCGGAUCGGAUCAGCCCGAAACGGCAUACGACACACGUGGGUCCACAGUGCUUUUGUUUUUAACAGCACGUAGCUUUGUGUUGUUUGAUUUGUUUUUAACUUAAUUAUCACUUAGUGUAGUGUUGUAUAGUUUACAUUAGUGUUAAUAAAGUAAAACAGUAAUAUGAUCAGUAAAACAAUGAACAUGUUAGCAUUAGCCGUGCUGAUCGUCAGCAGCCUGCGAGUGGCGGUGGGAUUUGUGGUACGCGAUGGAAACUGCACACUGCCCACGGCAAAUCUGCCAUUUGUGAAAGACUUUCAACUGGAACAGUAUCUUGGCAAGUGGUACGAGCUGGAACGGUACGAGCAGGACUACGAGCGUAACAUGGAGUGCGUGUCGAUCGUGUACCGCUGGCAGCAACCGCUCGAAACGCUCGACUUGAACUAUCGUGGCUAUCUGCCGCACAAUGCCACCGUCAACACCUUCACCGGUAGCGGUGUGUUCAGCCAAGAGCCGGCGCAGGAAACCGCAAAUACUACGGCGCCUACUACGGCUGCGAAGCUGCUCGUAUCGUUUGGCAGAGUGUACAAUGCCACCAACUACUGGGUAGUGGAUACCGAUUACGUCAACUACGCGAUCGUGUACUCCUGCGUGACGUUCGCCGAGAUGGGCCAGGCCGUCGAGGGCUACUGGCUGCUGGCACGCGCACCCAACCUGCCGGACAACCAGACAGUGAUCGAGCGCGUCAAAUACCUGCGCUCCACAUACUUCCAGGUGUCGCACAUGCGCUUCACAAACCACACCGAGGAACUCUGCCCAGAGGAGGAAAAGCUGCCAACCGAACCGAGCUUAGUCAUCUUGCCACCACUGUAGUUACCGGGACGCCCGACCACAAUUAGGUUAAGUGGUGCCAAUCCCUCCCUUGCCGCUCUCGGGGUUACUGUCCCCUUUCCCGAGUGAACGCCCCCGAUCAGCACUCCAGCCUCACAGUGUGUCUGUGUGUGCAGGCGCGUGCAACCAUUAUCAGCAGAUAAGUCAGCCUAAUCUAGUAACUGUAAACUACUGUAAACAAGCGCACACAAUAAAGAUGGAAUGAAAACAGAAA